AUGAGUCAGCGAGGACAGCAGAUGAGGGGUCCCGGUGCGGGCGGGCCAACGGGUCCCCCUAACCAGGGGCAACAACAAGUUGCUUGGGUACAGCAGAUGCAGAAUAUGUCGUACUACCAUCCACAGCAGCCAAUGAUGAUGCGACCGAUGUCGAACUCUCCCCAUGGAAUGCAGGGCGGUAUGAUGUACAGCGCCCCCUACGCCAAUGCACCGCAUGGCAACUCACAGCGUGGGCAUGUGAAACAGAACCCUCCUACACACGGACAAAUGCAACAGAACCAAGCUAUGUAUGCAGCGAAUCACACUACCGCCAUGCAGAGGCAUCCAAACCAUCAGCAAAUGAUGCAAAACCAAGCAAUGCCGCAGCGCAUGGAUAUGCAGAUGACGGGCAACAACCAAAUGUUGCAUCGACAGGAUGCAGCAGGUCCGGAUCAACGUCAGAAUGUCAAUCAAACUGGGAAUAUGCAGCCGAUGGAUGCGUCGGGUGCCCCACCACCGAAACAGGUGACUGGGACGCCGACGCAAGUACCAUCCCCAGGAGACACCACAAAUCAAACCACUACAAAUGAUACGCCUACGCCGCAGGGGAAAGCGCGUCCGCGUAAACCUAUAAACCCUCUUGUAAUCCCGCAAAUUAGACCUGUACAAGCCAAUGCGGUAGUGCAACAAGCCCAGGCGCCGACGUCAACGCCAUCAUCGCCUCAUACGUCGCCGGUUCAAGCAGGGUCUCCCACGCAGCCGCCGAGACCUGUCGAGCCGAUUAAGCCAGAUCUCUGCAUGAUUGACUGUGGUAAAUAUUUUGAACCACUGGCUGAAGCCCUGAAUUUCGACUCUGCGCCGGAACCCUCAGGUCCGCCACUCGAUGUCAAGUUUGAGCAGUUUGGAAAUGCGAUCGCCGGCAUGCUACAGCAACAAGCGCAGAUACUGGAGACCUCGCAGCUGCAAGCGAGUGAUGCGGAUGCCGCAAUUGCAGAGGGCAGCAUGGUGAACGUUCAUAAACUUAACACCAUGACUGAAGCGUCCGCCGCUCUGUUCGCUAACAUCUCCACCCUAUCGCAACAAAUGCACGAGAUGGUAGACAAGCUACCGCCGUUCUAUACGAGGUCGUCGCACUACUUCCGCAACCUCGAAAUAAAAGCCGAUGAUGUCAUCUCUUUCUCCCACACGCACGUGCCGGAGGCCGCUGUAUCAGCGCACCUGGUCAGGUUGCAGGACGAGUUGCUGAAACGGCAUGCGCCCCCUUCCCCUUAG